AUGGUAAUAUCUGUGAUCAUAUGCAAACUCCACACCGUGCUGUCGCUGUCGUCUGGCGCUCCCAAUUCGAUAACGCUCUACAAGGACAAGGAUUUCAAAGGCGCCCAUUGUGAAAUUCAAGUUGAGGGCUGCAAAGCGGUGUGCCCUGGAAUGGAGAGGAAAGCUUCAUCCAUGCAAGGAAACGCCGCUUGCGUCCAUUUUUUUCGCGAGAAAAAUUGCCAGACGUACAUGGGCACCUGGAACGCAACCAUGGGUCCGUAUAAAAACUUCCAAGGUACAGCCGGCCAAGACUCCAUUGUUUCUGUCGGGGACUGCUCUCAACCGAUCGAUCCAGAUUAUUCGAUCUCAUUUUACGAGCACAAGAACUUCCGCGGGAAGAGAUGCAACAUUCAGAUGCCGUCGAGAGGUUGCAAGCCGAUGUGUCCAGAUCUAGAUAACCGAGCCUCGUCCGCAUUCGGGACUGGCGUCAGCUGCGCCAAAAUGUACAAGGAGCCGAAUUGCAAGGGAUUUUUGGGUGUCCUGGACCUCACCGGGCUCGCACAACCAGAUUUCAAAGACACAAACCUCCAAGACAGUAUUUCCUCUAUCAGCGACUGUUCCAACAGUUCCAUUUCAUUUUACGAGCAUAAAUCCUUCCGCGGGAAGAGAUGUGACAUACCCGUGAAAGGCUGCCAACCGAUGUGCCCGGAGUUGGUGAAGCUAGCUUCCUCCGCCCAAGGCGACGCUCAAUGCGCGAACGUCUACCGCGAGGCCAAUUGCAAGGGGUUUAUAGGCACUUUGAGGUUUAGCGACGGCCUACCCUACGACAACUUCAAAUACGGAGACUUUCAAGAUUCGAUUUCCUCGAUAGGCGAGUGCGUUAAAAACAAUACCGUUAUAUUUUACGAGCACAAGGAUUUCGGCGGGAAGAGAUGCGAGAUGCAGGUGAAGAAGAGCUGUCAACCCAUGUGUCCGGGAUUGGAUAAAAAAGUUUCAUCCGCUCAGGGAUUCGUUGAUUGUGUCCAGAUCUACGCUGGCGCCAACUGCACCGAUCCAAUAGGUUAUUUGAAAUUUAGUGAGGGCGAUUCCAACAAAGAUAACAGAGAUUUUUUUUAUGACAACUAUCAGGACGCAAUUUCCUCCUUUCAGUGGCCAUCCGGCACCACCGAACGAAAAUCGGAGGCCUCCGAACAUCAUCAAUCACCGAUCGGGUUUCUUUAUCGGUUAUUGUUUCAUAAAUGCUCCACGCAUGUCUUCAUCGCGUUGAGGUUGACUGGUGAAUAG